AAGGAAAGCUUCCUGUCUUGGGUGGUGGCUUCAAACUUUCUCACUGGACUUCAUUCCUGUGUGUGUGGGAAUGAGAGACGGAAGAAAAGUCAUUUUAGAAGAGAGACACGUUGUGCGGCUGUAAUACGCGUUGUUUCAGCUCGUUGUGGUUUAUUUGAGUCCUCUUGUUCAGUUUCGUUCUGAGGGAGAGAGUUUAUCGCAGCACAGACUCAAUGCAGGCCAUCAAGUGUGUGGUGGUGGGGGACGGGGCUGUGGGUAAAACAUGCCUGCUUAUCAGCUAUACCACCAAUGCGUUCCCUGGAGAAUACAUCCCCACAGUAUUUGAUAAUUAUUCUGCAAAUGUGAUGGUGGAUGGUAAACCAGUGAAUCUGGGUCUAUGGGAUACAGCAGGACAGGAGGAUUAUGACAGACUGCGUCCCCUGUCCUACCCUCAGACGGACGUGUUUCUUAUCUGCUUCUCCCUCGUGAGUCCCGCCUCUUUUGAGAAUGUUCGUGCGAAGUGGUAUCCAGAAGUGAGACACCACUGUCCAAACACUCCGAUCAUCCUGGUGGGGACCAAGCUGGAUCUGAGAGAUGACAAAGACACUAUAGAGAAACUGAAGGAGAAGAAGCUCACGCCCAUCACUUACCCUCAGGGUCUGGCCAUGGCGAAAGAGAUCGGGGCUGUGAAGUAUCUGGAGUGCUCGGCACUCACACAGCGUGGCCUUAAGACGGUGUUUGACGAGGCCAUUCGGGCCGUACUGUGCCCUCCUCCUGUCAAGAAGAGAAAGAGGAAGUGCUCCCUGCUCUGAGGAAACAUUGUUGUCAUCCAAACUGUAUUUUAGGGGGAGAAGUUAGAAAUGAGACCAUGUUUUCAUUUUUCAGUUCCUCCCAUGUAACCAUCAGUACAACUUUAUACCUUCACAAAACUUUUAUUGAUAGAUGUUGUAAAAAAAAAAAAUAUAUAUAUAUAUUAUUCUUAACCCAUCUCCCUUAGACACACAUUAUUGUACUACCUGCGGCCUUUGAUGGAUAACGGAUAUUAACUAGAAGGUUAACAAUGACCUGAAGUUGGUUCCUUCCAUUGAGAACCCAUAAUGUUUGUUUACAGUCUUUGUUUGAAAGGAAUGAAGAUCUUGCCAAAUAGCACUACAAUAGGAAAUGGCAGCAUUGUAUACACUAAAUUUGUUGCUUAUUACCUCUUACGUGCUGCAACCAUUUGGCAAACCAAAGCUAACUGUUAGCUACUGAGAAGUCAGCUUACCUCACACUAAAACAAGAGGUUCUGUAAACAGAAGGAUGAGAUGUCCUUCCAGAUUUGUAUAUUUCUUCAUUAUCAGGUUUUGUUAACACUAUGAUUUGUCUGGGGGUUAUACUGUAUUUGAGGCUGCACUCAUUGCAAUGCUUUUAUGUCAGUGGGGGAAUAUCAUGAAAACAUGUCCAGGCCACAUUGAACCUCAAAAUCAAAGAAAUAUAUUUGCAAAACCAGUUUAGCCUAGUUUAGGACCUUUUUUGUAUUGUGACCAUUUUUAUGACAGUUAACCACAUUUUCCCACCCAAAUUUCCAUUACCUUAAUGUAUUCAGAUAAUAUAAUAGCCUGAUGUUCAGAUGUUUUACUUUUUGUAAUUUCUGUUAUACUCAAUAGUGAGUCCAUUUCCAAUUACUGCAAUACAUCCAUUUUUAAGGUACUACAGGUUGAUUUUUGAUUUGUUUUUAAACACUACAAAUACUACUAAUAGAAAUACUUGACUAUUUAAAUAAUUCCUCAUUUUUAUGCAUUAUAAUUGAGAACAGUUGUUUUUUUUUUUGGCCAUUAUAAUUUGAGAUUUAAUGGGAAAUGUGGUUAAUUGUCAUGAAAGAUUGUCAUAAUUCCAAAAACCUCAAUGGUAUUAAGAUGUGUUAAAUUGUAAGUAAAACACUUUUUAUUUUAUUAUUAUUAUUAUUGAUUUUGGGGUGAAAUAUGACCCUUGACAGAUAUUGUGUGAUUCACCCCAGUAUGUCAUAAAUAUUUCAGCUGUAAGAGGUGAUGACAGAUUUCCAAAUAUCUGCAUCCCAGUUUUGAAGGUCCUUUCUACUUAAGAUGUCCUAUAUAUUUGACAAAGGCUGUCCGGGUCUGGAAUAUCAAAUGGAUCAUGUGGGACUUUUAGUGUACAGGUAAAUCUGAUAGUUAAAACAAUCCUUUAAUGGUCUGGGUAUUUUAAGUACACCCUUUACAGCCAUAUAGAAAUAUAUAUUUUUGUUAACAGCACAUUUUUAGAAUUUUAUUUUUUGUCUUCUUGACACUUUUAUAUUUGCUAAUGUUACAAAAUAAACACUACAGGAUUAUUAUGUGGAGUAGGUUUAUCUUAAAUUCCCAUUAUAGUUAAUCAUUUUUAACUAACAUUUUAUUCAUGUACUAAUAACAUUGUUACCCUGUUUUUAGUGGUAAUCAUGAUGUCACUUGUUUUUCAAAUACAAUAAAUUCAGAUUAAACCUUAAAACAUUUGGUUUGAUUCCAAGUGUACAUUUGAAAAAGUGAUAGGCUUUAAAGUCGACAUGAAAAGAGUUUUGCAACACAUUUGACUUGAAACAGGAUAUUGAUGAUGAAUUGUGCACAGUACAUGGGGUCAAAUCUGAUUGCAUGUUGACUUCAACUGAUAAACGUAAAAAAAUGUAUGGCAUAUGUACUAUUAAUGAAUGAGAAUUGUUUUUUGUUUUUUUUAUUAAUGUGAAAUAUUAUAUCUGAUAAAGCAAACAAUAAUACACUGUUGCCUUGGGGCUGUUUGUAACCCAAAACAAAACAUGGCAAUAAAUAAAACUAUACAGUUCA